AUGCACGGCCGUGACCAUACUACGGUCGAUUACUUGGACGACGAGGUAGUCGUCUACAACCACAACCGCACCCCCGAGGAACAUCGAGCGUACAACCUAGUACGACGCCAAGCCACACCAGCGGACGCUGAACGUUCCAUUCGGCAGCUCGAGGAAGCAUACAGACGUGCGACCUACCAGGAAGGAUUGCUCCUCGAUCGACCGGUAGCACCGACGCCUCAGAGACAGGCAGCUAUCGAACGCAUCCGUCAACAGACUCUUGACUGGAUUGGAAGGACUCACGCACGAGCCAUCCUUCACAGCCCCGUUUGGAACAAAUAUCGCCUGAGCGCCGGCUCUUGGGCACCGAGCCAGGCAAGCCUCGAGUUUACUAUCCUUGACGAACUCGAGCAUUGGGUACUCCGCGAUGACGGGUACGACGCAGACGGCGAACUACCAUCAUUCAUCAACACCGAGCAAGAAUCAUCGGCAAGCAACCCCUCAAGCCCCGAACCACUAGACAUCUUCUCCUUCCUUACGAGAAUUUGGGACAACGCGAGCACGUUGUACGACAUCACCAACCACCACCCAACCCUCACCCCGAUCUCCGAGCAAGCACACAUCCAGGUCCUCAUUGAACAGGUUCAGCAGGUCGUCAACACCCUUCACAAACUCCAACGGCUCGUCAGCCCACCCCUUCCCCCCAUCCCCGUUAGCCACGACCCAGAAGAACGCCACGGAUCCAGUUACUUUACUGCUCGAAUUCGCGAACAGGCCGAGAAUCUUCCCCCCUCUCCUCCGCGCAGCCCUGCUACCCACCGCACUAGUUCCCUACCAGACGUAGCGAACGAGCCCACCGAGGCUACACCCUUGUCGGAAGAUAACCCCGCUCCUCGAGACGACGAAGAAACCGUCACCCCUCUCCGCGGUCUUCUCCAAGCACACCCGGACGAACCAGACAGCAACGCGGACACGACAACAGAAUCUAUAGACACUACUAUUGAGGCUCUGACAGCACAACCCGUGAUACCACCUACUACUGCUGCACCACCGGAUCGGCCACCUACACCUCCUGGUUUGCCUCAAGGAUCUGUCGGACCUCCGCAGGGCGGCGGACCUCCUCAGGGACCUGGCGGACCUCCGCAAGUCGGCGGACCUCCUCAAGGACCUGGCGGACCUCCGCAAGGUGGCGGACCACCUCAAGGCGGUGGACCUCCCCACGGCGGCGGACCCCCUCCGGGUGGCAGACCUCCUCAAGGACCUGGCGUACCCCCGCAAGGUGGCGGACCCCUCAAGGAGGAGGACCCCCCCCACGGCGGCGGACCCCCUCCAGAUGGCGGACCCCCUCAAGGACCCGGCAGACCACCACCUGUGGCUCCUCUCGGCGCACCAGGCGUCAUCACCGGACGACCCAAAGUCCGCGCACCCAAUGUUUUUGACGGAGACCACGACAAUCUACGCACCUUCCUCAAUGAACUCUUCCUGUUCUUCGAAGCACGUCCAACCGACUACGCCACCAACCAGAGCCGCAUCGUCACCGCCCUAACGUUCAUGAACGGACUGAAGACCUUCCAGCCCAUCGAGGAAGCCGCUACGGCCGCCUCCAAGCUGUACCACCUCGACUACCAACCUGCUGCACCAGACACCUUCAACGCGAAAUUCUUCCGCCUCUGCGCCCUUGCUGGUAUACUCAAAGACAGUGCUCAGCUGUCCUUUUACAAGGAGUGUCUCCCAGAAAGCAUGCGACGACGGGUUCGCCUCACGUACCCCAUCCCCACCACUGUUAACGAGUGGGCAGCACGGGUGUUGGAGAUCGAACACUUCAACUAUGAGGAAUGA